AUGGGUCAGGACUUGGGCAAGAAAACCUUUGCCACCUUUGCCAGGGCCUGCGUCAUUUCUCUGCUCGAAGCAGAGACGGGCGAGACAUGCACUUCACGCGUGCUGGACCACACGGGUUUGCAAAGAACAGUUGAAAGUGCAAGAUCCCACAAGAGACAAGAACGUUGGGCUCAAACAUGCAGAAGGUCACACGUUUUCCAUGAAAGCUUUGGUCAGGAGUCAUGCGUUAUCCGAGGCGGACGGCAACCAUCCUACUCGGCAUUGUCUGGAGUGAUCGGUGGCUUAGCUGGCCUAUCAAGUGUCAAGAGUGGCUAG